CGCCAUCAACGUGCAGUCCGACCAUGUCGAGAAAGAAGAAGGCAGCCUUCCGUCCGAAGGCCAGUGGUCCUCCCACCUCUGUGCCGCGAGGCCCAAGAAACAGACAGAGCAGCGGCUUCCGUCCUUUCGCGCCGUCAUCCCACACGCCUUCACGCUUCACGCUCGCCGACGAGGCCCAGCACACAGCGCGCAACCCCAAGUUCUGGAACACAGACCAGAAGCUGCGGUCCAAGCAAGUAAACUUCGUGAGCGCGGGUCAUCUGCACGGUGAACAGCCCAAAGACAUUGGGGACACUCGGCGUGAAGAUGAAGACGAGGAAGGUACUGUGGCGGCGUCGUCAACACCCGAUGUGGCCAUGGCAAGCAUGACUUUGCAGUCCGACUCGUCUUCCUCCCCCGACACCCCACGCUCUCCACCCGGUCUACACACACCGGCAGACGACACACCAGCGCCAAUGGCCGACCCAGCCCCCGCCGACUUCUUCGUCGACAUGACCGGCGCCCAGGCUGUGCCCACGGGCAUCCCGCCGCCGGUUGUGAGGGCCGCGUCGCCAACACCUUCGGAUUCCAGCGAAGAGGUGGUGCUGUUCAAGGGCAGGAACAACCUUCAGAGCAGCGUCACCCCAGUCUCACCAGCGGAACCAAGCACCACUCGCCGCGUGCCUCAGCCGGCCAAGUCGGUCCCUCAGUCCCAGAAGCCUUUGCCAAAGCUCAAGGAUGCCAACCCGGCUCCAACCGUGGCCAAGCCGGCCAGCAACACAGCAGACCGCCUUUCAUCUACGAAAGGCAAGGAGAGCGAUGAGGAGAUCCCGUCUCUACUGCUGCGCAAUCAUGCUAUGGAUACACCGUCAUGGGCCAAAGGCACAACGCCCUGGGAGCACAAGAGCAAGCCAGGAGUUGGCUGGCUGGAAGGUCGUCGUAAGAGACCGAAGCGGGUUUUCGACCCAGAUGCCGUUGACAAGGCUGCGCUCAAUGACUACAUGGAUAAUAUUAAACGACAACAACAGCUUGGAGAGUUCGAGACGCCCGAGUACUCUGCUUUUGCGCAACGCCCCUUGGCGCUAGCAGACGGGAAGGGCUGGCAACCAGAGGAUUCGGAGGGCGUUGAGCAACCUGUUGUACGAGAGAAGACCUCCAUCACAUUUGUCCAAGAGACGGCAACUGUAGAACCGGACAAUGAGGCCGAUCCGGAUGAGUGGGACUCCGUAAUGCUUGACGACUUCGAGAACAACAGCACAUCGUCAGACGUCGAGGGCCCCGUUGAGCGUAUUCUCUCCAAGAGAACUCGAAAGAAUGGUCUAUCAUACCUUGUCGUCUACGAAGGGCGCCUCACGGACGAUGCUAGAUGGCUCCCUGCCAACUAUCUCACCACAGAGCGCGAUGUACAACUCCUCUGGGACUUCGAGACCAAGCUUCAAGCGAAGGAAGGGCUUCAACGUCAAGCCUUGGAAUCAAGUGAUAGCGACUUUGACAGCAGCGAUGACGAUGAUGACGAAGACGCCGAGGAUGAUUUCCAGGACGAGAAAGACCUGAUUGCCCGGAGACUCGAGAGCAUGACAGACGAACAAAUCGCGCGUCGGUUGGCGAAACAAGAAGAGCUUGGUCUUGGUUCCGACGAAGUCCUUCUGUUCGAAGAUGACUCUGCUAUGGACGAUGACAUGGAGCAAGAGGAGAACAAUAUAACGAAGUCCGCUUUCACCUCCGUCAACUCAUCCAGCAGAUCUCGAAAGAGAGGCGGCCGCGCCAGAGGAGACUUCCCUUCGGCAUCUCUUAUGGCGGACGUCCUCGAGCAAGAUCCGUAUGGUGGGUUUGACGUCAUGGACACAGAACGACCGAGUUUGAAGAAGAAAUCUAAGGGUCGCCGUGGCCAGUUCCCGGUUGAGAUCUCCGAUUCCGACUUGGAAGCUCAGAUGAGGUCUAUUUGGGAGGCUGAUCGCCGCAAGAAGGCCGAGUACAAGAAGGAGCGUGAGGAGCUCCGAGCACAGGGUCUCCUGGGAAAGAAGAAUAAGGACAAGGCCAACCUUGCCAUAAAGUACAGCGAGGGCUUCACAAUGGCAGAGAUGUUGGAGGAGAUUCGGGAGUUCUUCAUCUCAGAUCAUCAAAGCCGCGCGUUGCCACCGAUGGAAGCCCACGAGCGUGCACACAUCCACAGAUUUGCCAAGAAGCUGGAGUUGACGACAAAAUCGGUCGGCGCCGGUAAAGAUCGCUUCAUAAACCUCUCGAAGAACACCCGCACCCGCCCUUAUAAAGAGAUCGAAUUCAACAGUAUCAUGUACAAGUUCCGCUUCCUCAACAACCACCCGAAGACUCCGAAAGGAAAAGUUGCCCGGGUCAGAAAUGUCGCCAAACCCGUUUUCUCCUACAGGGAUGGAGAUGUCGUUGGUGCCAAUGCUCCGGAGAUCGGCGCGGAAAAUAAAGGCCACGCGCUGUUGCAAAAGAUGGGCUGGACCAAGGGCAUGGCUCUCGGUGCCCUGGAAAACAAGGGCAUCCUGCAGCCUAUUGCGCAUACCGUCAAGUCCGGCAAAGCUGGCUUGAAAUAGCCGAAAUUGGUGUCUUGAUCAUCCACUUUCUCUUCUUCUACUCAGCACUUCUCAGAGUUUCAUUGUCCCUGGAAUGUCUGUUCUUUCUGAAUAUGCAUUGGCUGGCGGUAUUUGGCUUUCCUUCUCUGGAGUGGCUUUAUGACUAGACGGCAAAGGCUCUUUUUCGGUGAGAGGUCUUGCAUGGCAUGGGUAUUUGUCGGGGACGGUAAUGACGAGACGGACAUGACUAUAUGCUCUUCGCCCGCGCUCUCGCUUAGGAGUUGACGCGCGUCUUGUUCUGGUUGCGUUCUCUGUGGGGUGACUGGAAGUGCGUUGAUGGUAGGUGUGGAGUGUGGAGGGGUGUGUGUGAGAUGAUUGAUUCAGUGCGGAAAAGCUCUGCGAGGAGUCUAUCUAGAAGAACAAAAGAAAAUCAAAACACGACGUUCAGUGUCCUUACAUGUUCUGUGAGAUUAUAUGUUGGUUCGAGGUAGUGGCGAU